ACGUGCAUGGUAUACGUACGACCCCACCGACUGCUGCCCUGAGAUAGGGAAUAUGUCGGGAAGACCAUCGGCCGCUUGACCGAAGGCCCGGUUUACCCUCCUUGAAGCUUGAACGUUUACGAUCGCACACGCGCUGUCGGUUCUGCGAAGAAUUGCGAUCGAGAAGAGCUACGUGCAAUUUUUGUUCGACUGUACACAAUCAGUUUUCCAGGUCGUUUUCACAACGGUGAUCAUCUUGAAUAUACGCAGUCAUGGCGGCGUGGUCUCUUGAAUUGAUACAAUAUAUCGGCGUAGCUGUGCAGGAAGAUUGGUACUAGAAUUUACAAUGUCCAUGUUGCAGCUAACUCUGGUCUAGGCGAUAUCGUAAGUGCCCUCAACAUUAACGGCACCGUUUUCAUGGUGCAAUCUCAAUUUGACUUACCGGGGCACCCAUCUCAUGAGUUUACUCUAUUUUUACUAGAGCACACCGUGCGCUAGGAACAACAGGGGUCUUCUACCUAACAGGUAUCACGUAACAUUCUAUAUCGGUUGGCGCAGUCCUGCGUAUUGGUUCAAGAUUCUCCACCCACAUUAUGCUCCUGUGACGUGUCAUGAGCGAUAUACGUCCGCGUUGGAGAGCAUGCAUGCCUACGUAUAGCGAGUUGGUGGACUCUUUGUGGAAGCCAUGCAUCGUCUGGUACAAGGGCCCUGGCAGCUCCGCAAUGCCACAUUGAAGUAUCAGGGAAAUAAACUCGAAGACUCAUCCACGCGUUGUCUGAUGCUGUGGGAUCGACCACUCUCGUAUGAGGCAGCACAUGGUCGGUUGAUUCGUGCUGACCCGCAAUUCACGACCGCAUCGACGGUGGCAAUCGGACUUCCGCUUACGCCGCGAACCCUCAGGAUAUUCUUCAGGCCCCGCCACCUUCGGCCGGCUGUACCAUCCAUCCGUUCUAGGUGCGGAAACGUGUCGUUUGGCGCCUCAUGUGGACAAACACCGAUCGGGGAAGCUUCGAGUCGACGAGCUUAUCGAAUCAGUAGAUAUAUAUUCUGAUGCUCGAAGACGUCGAGCAGGCUAUCCUACUGCGAUGUCGCCAAUCUCCUCGUCGCCCACCAUUUCAACCUCGCUGCUCGCGUUCGUAUCCGAUGACAUCCCGGACGUACAAGUUAGUCUUGCCUGGGUCUUUUUCGGAUUGCUCGUCGGGUUGCUGUUCUACGGCAUCAUGCUAUGCCAAGUAUACUGGUACUUUAACACCUACAAGGACCCUCGUGUGCUUAGGGCUUUAGUAGCUGCUUUGAUUUUAGCGGAGACGGUACACACGGCGUUGUCUAUGCAUUGGGGUUAUUACUACUUGGUUUUUUCCUAUGGCGAUCCAAGUUCUCUAUCGUCUGCAACUUUAACUCUGGCGCUUCUACCUGUGACAGUGUCUAUGGUUGUACUGCUCUGCCAACUGUUUUACAUCCGCCGGGUCUACCUCGUCUUACCUCCAGUCUAUAAGCAAAUUUUCAUCACAGCAGUGACAAUGACCCUGUUGUGCGCAAUUGGCUUUUCCAUAGCUGUGAUGGCACAAGUCUUCAUGCACCCCACCUACAAGAGCUGGCUUCACUACAAGUGGCUUGUAGCUGGAGCCUAUGGCCCUGUUGCCCUGGGUGAUCUUGGGAUAGCAAUAAUCCUUGUAAUCACCUUGUGGAAAAGGCAUACUGGAAUAAAGCGAACUGAUGCCCUUCUGAAGGUCCUGAGUAUCUACAUCUUUAGUACAGGGGCAUUCACUAGCAUGCUUGGCAUGACCUGUCUAUGUGUUGAUCUGUUUGUGAAUACCAGCGUCAUGGUCAUCCCAUUCGGCCUCACUUCAGCCCAUGUAUAUGCAUUUUCGGUACUUGUAACGUUGAACCUGCGUCAAACACUAGCCCAAGCAUUAAACAAAGAUUUGGAUACGGAAUGGGUUGGUUUCAGCGCGUUGCAGCGCGUUCUACCGGCAAAAAGCCGCCGCGUCGUUGACUCAAGCGUCGUGCAUACGCACAAUGAUGAUAUGCCAAUCACGUUUGUCGAAGCUCCAGAAUCGCUACUUCCUACAAUCUCGGGCAGUCCCCGUUCGUGUACCGGAGGGCCUGAUUGCCACAUCUCGGAUGUAUGCGAGCCAAGGCUCACCACCAUAUCACAAUUGCAGUCGUAGAGCCCUGUACUAGCCUUCAAUAUGCAUACUAAUUCCC